UGGACAUUUUGACAGGAGUAAAGUCAUUUGUUGUUAAACAGUGUGCAUUCGAAAUCUCUCCAUCAAUUUGAAAAAAAGCAUUUAAUUUUGCGACAAUUCUGACAAAACUAACAAAAGAGCCAAUUUUAAAUGAAAUAAAAUCUAUUGGUAGCAUAAAAGACGUAAACAUAAAUUUUAAAUAUGAGUUCACCAAUAUACAAGCACACCAAUGAAAAUUCAUCGAUGAAGCAACGCAAGGCGAAGUCAACGAAUGUCACCAAGUCGUCGACAAAUCUUGAUACACGAACGGAGUUGGCAGAUUUGGUAAAACGAAAGGCCGAAAUUGCUGAAACAUUGGCCAAUUUAGAACGACAGAUCUAUGCAUUUGAGGGGUCAUAUUUAGAAGACACACAAUUAUAUGGUAACAUUAUACGUGGUUGGGAUCGAUAUUUGACAUCAAAUAAAGGGACUAAUUCAAAGGCUGACAAACGGAAUCGAAAAUUUAAAGAAGCUGAACGACUAUUUUCUAAAUCAUCAAUCACUUCAAUGGCAGCUGUCAGUGAGCUGGUCGAUCAGAAUGAUACAAAGCCAGAUGGAAGGUCAGAUCGCAAUAGUGAAUCAGAAGUAACCAACGAAGAUUCUAGUGACAAUACGAUAAUUGGUACGAUUUCGGGUAAUAAUACAUCCAUACAUCAAAAAUCGGCUGGCAAAAAUCUGGACUCAGUUGAUCGACCGAAUACGCCACAUUCAAAACACUCUGAUUCAAAAGAUGCGUCAACACCGAGCAGCAGUGCAAAGCAGAAAGCCAGUUCUGCUAAGAAAACUGGCAACGCAACAAAGAAAAUUAGACAUCGUUGAAUUUAAAACAACAUUUUAAAAAAAAUCCUCAUUUACUUUAUUCGCCAAAACUCACCUUUCAAUACCCUGCUCAUCGUAGCUUACAUUUUUAAGUCAUUUUUU